AUGUGGUUUCUGUCGCGGUUCUAUACAGCUGAUGAAGCUCACAAAAUGGGACUUGUGAACAUUGUGGUGCCACUUGCUCAACUGGAGCAAGAAACUGUCAAAUGGUGCAGGCAGAUCUUAAGGAACAGCCCCAUGGCCAUCCGGGUGCUGAAAUCUGCACUCAAUGCUGCUGAUGACGGCCAUGCAGGUCUUCAGGAGCUUGGCGGGAAUGCCACCCUGAUAUUCUACGGCACUGAGGAAGCAAAGGAAGGGAAGAAUGCGUACAUGGAGAGGCGAUGCUCGGAUUUCUCCAAAUUCCCACGGAAACCUUGA